CCGAUUGCUAACCUGUAAAAAUGUGCAAUCAAAAGUUUGAUCUUUGCCAGUUUCUUCGUUCUCAUCAACCGAUUAGCUUAAAUAUGUCCAUGUCCUAGUAAAUUGAGUAAAUUAAUGUGCCACACGUGUGUUCCAGCAAAAACAAAAAUAAAUAGCAAGCUAUGCCUCGCUGGGAACGAUGGGAACAGUUCAAACACCAGUUGUUUGUCCGUCGCCGAGGUCGAGCCAAGGGCAUGAUGUCCGAGGCAGCAGUAAAGUCAAUUGUCACGUUGAAGAAUGUUUCCAAGGGCACCCCAUCGGCAGCCAGUGCUCGAACGGGUGCCAAAAAGUUCUCAACCAGCAGCGACUACAAGCAGAUAUUGAACCGCUUGAAAGUGGACUUUGAGAAAAAGUACAACAACCCGAAGAGCUCAACCGAUACUGGACUGCAAGAUUACGAUGUGCUCAAGACGCUGGGUACCGGAGCAUUUGGCGUUGUGAAAUUGAUCCGUAAAAAGAACACCGAAGAGUACUUUGCAUUGAAGAUUUUAUCCAAGGAGAAGAUUGUCCGCCACAAGCAGCUGCAGCACACGAUCAACGAAAAGCGAAUACUGCAAAGCGUAGAAUAUCCGUUUCUGGUUCACCUGGAAUAUUGCUUCAAGGAUAAUGCCUACAUCUAUCUAGCGAUGCCGUUCGUGUGCGGUGGGGAGAUGUUUGCGCUGCUGAGAAAAUCGAAGCGCUUCGCAGAAGAGCAAGCCAAAUUUUAUGGGGCACAGGUGGCGCUAGCCAUAGAGUAUCUACACCACAUGAAUCUGAUCUACAGGGACCUUAAACCGGAGAACAUCUUGAUCGAUACGAAGGGUUAUGUUAAAAUAACAGAUUUUGGCUUUUGCAAGUUGAUUCGCGAUCGAACGUGGACCCUUUGUGGAACUCCUGAGUAUCUAGCUCCGGAGAUUAUUCAAUCGAAAGGAUAUGGCAAGAGCGUCGAUUGGUGGUCUUUUGGGAUUUUACUGUUCGAAAUGGCGGCGGGAUACACUCCUUUCUAUACGAACUCAAGUGAUCAUAUGGUGCUGUUUGAAAGAAUUUGCAAGGGAAAAUUUCGUUUUCCUGCUAACUUCAGCGGUGAACUGAAAAAUUUAGUGCAGAGUAUUCUGCAAGUUGAUCUGACGCGACGGUUUGGUAAUCUAAGGAACGGAGCCAAUGAUAUCAAGCAACAUACAUGGUUUCGUGGCACGAAUUGGAUCGGCUUAAUGAACGUGGAGGUUACUGCGCCUUUCGUUCCCAAAGUCAGCGGGCCAGGCGAUGCUUCCCAGUUUGAUGUUUACGACGAACAAGAUUUAAAAGUUGCUUCAAAGUGUUUGUUUGUCAAGGAAUUUGCUGAUUUUUAAUUGAUGUUUUAAAUUUACUUAUAACAAAUAAAGAGAUAUAAUUAACAACCAUAAUCUUCUUCAACUCCAGAUAGUUCAAUUCAUAUUACAAAACAAUGA